AUGCCUCCCCGGCCCUGGAACGCCCUCACAGGAGGAAUUCUUCCCCUGCUGGCAGUAGUAAAUGCUGCAGCAACAUCAACUACCAGCUCCCUUCCCACAACAGCUGCAUACUAUGUCAAUGGGUCAACCAAGACAUUUGCCCAUACAACCCUGACUGCCACCGGAACCGAUGAAGCAGUCAUAAUUGUCAAAGAGACAGGCGUUGCUACACUGUCUGAUGUGACACUAGUCAAGACUGGUAACACGACCAGCAGCGAUGACAGCUCCUUCACGGAUCUGAAUGCCGCAGUCGGUGUGGAGACCAAUGGCACGAUUUAUAUUACAGAUAGCACCAUCACAACCAAUGGCUUGAGUGCCAAUGGACUACACACCUAUGAGGAUGGCACCACCGCCUAUCUCUCCAAUGUGUAUAUUCACGCGGAAGGAGAUGGUUCACAUGGCAUCUAUACCGCAGGGGGAACCAUCUACGGCGACAAUCUCAAAAUCUAUACGUAUGAUGGCCAUGGCAGUGCCAUCGCCACUGACCAAGGCGGGGGCCUUAUUGUGGUAGAGGACUCAGCCGCAUAUACAUAUGGUGCCCUCUCAGCAUUGGUCUAUUCCACAGGAAAUAUCACAGUUCGUUCCCUUACUGGCACUUCGGCCAUUGCUCCUGUGGCAUGUAUUGAUGGAGCAAACUCGUUUACCUUGACCGACUGUGAUGUUUCCUCCGGAACGGAGAACAAUGGUGUAUUUCAGAUCGUGAGUACAGUCUCGAGCAGCACAACGGAAACCGCUUAUGCCUAUGUGAACGGUGGCUCUGUAUCCGAGACCAAUGGAACCUAUGCCUUGCUCUUUGUGGCCAACAUCGAGGCCUAUGUGUACUUGACCGAUGUCGCCAUCUCCAUACGUUCGGGAAUGCUAGCCAAUAUCACUGCUGACAGUGACUGGGGUACUUCGGGUGAGAACGGCGGCACUGCCCAUGUGUAUCUCACGGGGAUUGAUGUCAUCGGCGACAUCUACGUGGAUGACAUCAGCGCGAUCAAUUUGUACCUGAUCGGGUCAAGUUGGACAGGCGCGCUGAACGAGGCGAACACGACGGGGUCUGCAUCCGUGUAUCUGGAUUCCAGCAGUGGUGUGACUUAUGGUGGUCUCAUGAGAGGCAAGGAGGUCUUCAACGGCCUCGCCCACUUCAUCAAAGGAGGUAUCUUUUUCUGGUAUGGUCUUCUGACUCUGGGACGCAUGCUUGGCUGCUGGGCCGACCUGGGUUGGGCCUGGAACGUGAAGCCAUCCAGUCCCAUUGUCGGUAAAUGUAAGGCGAAGAUCCCCACGGGUGAAUUCACUGAAUCAUUCGUGAUCUUCCUCUACGGCGUUACCAACGUCUUCUUGGAGCACCUCACCGGUUGGGGUGGCGCGUGGACUGCCACCGACCUUGAGCAUGUGUCCAUCUCCAUCAUGUUCUUCGGUGGUGGUCUCUGUGGUAUGCUCUUCGAGUCGAAGCGCGUCAAAGGCUGGUUGAACAGUACAGUUCUUCAAUACCCCUCCCACAUGAGCGCACACACCUCAGCAGAUACCGCAUGGCAGCUCCCUGACACCCAGGGUGUAUCACUGAACCCUAUGCCUGCGCUGGUCAUCCUUCUGUUGGGUAUGAUGAUGGGUUCGCACCACCAGGAUAGUAUGGUAUCGACCAUGGUGCACAAGCAGUGGGGUAACCUCCUUGUCGGCUUUGCACUGGCUCGUGGCAUGACCUAUGUCAUCAUGUACCUCAAGCCUCCGACCUCCUACCUUCCAUCUCGCCCGCCAACCGAGAUCGUCGCUGCUUUCUGCUUGAUUUCGGGUGGUUUGGUCUUCAUGCUUAGUACCCGGAGCGUGAUCCAAACCCUGGAGUACUAUGACCUCGACGCGAUGUUUGUGUUCACAGUCACUAUGGGACUGACCGCCUUCAUCAUGUCGUGCGAAAUUCUCGCCAUUGCCUUGAAGGCCUGGGCGGUGAAGCGGGAGUCGCGCCCUGCGCUGCCGCCUUUCCAAUUCCCGGCCUCCGCCUGA